UAUGUGUGCAUAUUGAUUACUAAGUCUUGAAGUCUCUCACAGGCCACAGCCGUGCUUAAAACCCCGUAAAAGCGGCAGACCUCAUUCCGCCGCCGACAACAAUGGGUUUCUUCGACCUCAACAUACCCUAUCCAGAACCCUCCUCCCAAUCCUCCAAAUCCACCAUCGAAAGCAAUCGAACAAGACUAGCCGUUAAAGCAAUGGAAUUAGGUUAUACAGGAAUCGCUUACAACCGCACUAUGAAAGGCGUAAUGUCCGAUCACCACCGUUGUUCCAUCUCUCCACUUUCUCUCUCAUCUCUCCUCAAUGUCGUUCCCUUUCUUUCAUCUUCCGCUAAGCUUCACCGUGAUCUCCUCGGAAUUCCGUCUUCUACUCCGUUCCGUCAGUACACGCGCCUCACUGUUUGCGUUGAAAAUCCGUUGCAGGCUAAUGCGCUUAAUGGUGGAAACCCUGUUUUGAAAACCUAUGAUUUGGUUGCUGUUAAACCGUUGAAUCAGACUGCGUUUGAUAUUGCUUGCGAGAGAAUGGAGGUAGAUAUAAUUUCGAUUGAUUUUUCAGCUAAGUUGCCAUUUAGGUUGAAGCAGUCUAUGGUUAAAAUGGCUACUGAGCGUGACAUUGUUUUUGAAGUCUCGUACUCUGGUCUUAUUGCUGAUGUCCAAUUAAGAAGACAGUUAAUUUCCAGUGCCAAGCUGCUGAUCGAAUGGACUCGGGGACGAGACAUAAUAUUUUCAAGCGCUGCUUCUUCGGUGAAUGAACUUAGAGGGCCUUGUGAUGUUGCAAACUUGUUGUUAUUGUUUGGGCUCUCCAAGGAGAAAGCUAAAGCAGCUAUUUCUAACAACUGUAGGCUUCUUUUAGCCAAUGCUCUAAGGAAAAAGCGAUUUUACAAAGAGGCCGUAAGAGUAGAAGUUUUAUCAUCGGAUGCAGCAUCUCAUUCUAAGGAAGCCCGGCAUCAGGAGUUACUAAAGUGGGACCCUCUCUCCAGCGGUGAAGGUGAUAUACUAUUGGAUGACAUUGAAAAUUCUUGUUCGGCCUUCGGUAAAGCAUCAAAGACUGCAAAAGCCAUUGACUUUGUUUCGGUGGUAGACAGCCUUCCAUCACAAGGUUAUCAAGUCCAGGAUUUCUUAUCUAGAAAUGAUGCUUUCCGUAUGUCCCCAGCUAAUAAGGUAAACUUCCUGCCUGUUACCCAAAAAGUAAAUCAGUCAACACCUGUACCGCACAACUUAACUGAGCAGCCCAAUAGGCCUGAUGUUUGUCCCAAGCAAGACGAAAGAUCAUCAUUGGAUGGUAUGCACAUUGUGAGAUAUGACAGUAUUUUUGAGAAAAAUAUACACAACGGGACUGGUGAAGCUUUCUGUUCUAAAGAUGUAGACACUGAGACAAAUGGUGCAGAUUUGGAGCAAAAGAAUUCUGUUGAUUCAGAUGUCCAUUUGAAUGAGACGGAUAAAUCAUUUUCAGUCUAUUGUAAAGCACCGGAAAUUGUAAAAUCUGUGGUUGACAGCGAUAAUAAGGUAAACUUACUUCCUGUUGCUGAAAAUGUAAAUCAGUCAAAACCUGCACCUAACAACUCAACUGAGCAGCCCGACAGACUCGACCUUUUUCCUGAGCAAGAUGAAAUGUCAUUAUCUGAUACUGUCACAACACAUCACGAUGUGAGCUGUGACAAUAUUUUUGAGAAAAAUAUACAUCACGGAACUAUUGAAGCUUCCAAUUCUAAGGUGGAGUUUGACACUCAGACAAAUACCACAAAGUUGGGACAUCAAAAUUGUAUUGAUUCAGAUGUUGAUUGCACCCCAUUUGAAGCAAAAGUACCUGAUUCACAGUCAGACUUGUGUAUCUCAAGUAAUGCAUUGGAUACUGUAAAACCACACGAGAAUGAGAAUCUGCUUAGAUCUUCAUAUGAUCCACACAAUAUUGAUGAGAAAUUAGAAAUUUUUACACCAUCCACAGGCAUCCUUUUUCCGGCUCCAGUGCUUGAAAAACACAAUGAGAAGAACAUUGAUGUCAAUUUAAAUGCACAUUUUUCAACAUUGCAUGAAAAUUUGCCAAAGCAAGAUUCUAAAGUUGCAGAUACAGUUCUGGAUAUAAACACAUGUACUUUUGAAACAUCAGUGGAGGAUGGGCAAUUUGAAAAACGGGAUACUGAUACAGUUGAAAUUGAUGAGAUGCCACCACAAACACCUUUUGAUGAAAUGAAAAUGGAUGACGAUUCCACAGUUGCAAUACAUUUAUUGCCAGAAGUUAUGAUGGAGGAUCAAAAGUUUGGUGAAGUGAGCACUGAUUCUGAUCAAUUAGCCUCAGUUCAUCCCGUCUCAGGUCGAUUGCGUGUGAAGCGAAGGACAUCUCGUGGACCAUUCUUAUUUCCCUUGAAGCGAAUGUUGAAUAUGGUGCCUUUUAAGAAGAAAGGUAAAAAAGUUAAGAGGAGAACUAAUCCAAAGUAAGUAGUUUUUUGGGUAUGAUUAUCGUUACUUGCAUAGACGUGGGCAGAUUGUAAUGUCUAUAAUAUCUAUUCAUUCUUUUUAACGGUGUCAUCAAGCCUGAAAACUUGAUAUUUAGAGAACUGGUUCAUUUAACCCAAAAUUAGUGUAACACACUCACAAACACACCUGGACGAUAGUGUUAUCGAUCUUGGAUGUCAACGGUAUAGUGGAUAGAGGGAUGACCACUACAUCAACAAUUUUGAUAUAUUUUAAAUACUUUAUAUUCCAAAUUUGUCUGACCGAAAGUGUAUCUUAUUGUAAAAGUAUUUUUCUUAGGAAAUGAUGAUUUAUGGCGUUUAAUUUAUAA